UGAGAAGGGUUACAAGGAAACUACAAGGGAGAAGAGAGAGAGAAGUAAGAAAUAGUUUCCUGCAAGGGAGAGGCAAGAUACUACAGAUCCUGGAACCUGCAGAAACACGCAGUCAUUGGGAGGAAAGAAAUAGUCAAUAUUGUGGGCCAUCAGGCCGACAGAUGUUUUCCUACAACUGUGUACGGUGUGUUGUCCUUCAUUAAGUUCAGGAGCCACGAGGUAAUGUUGCGACCAUAUAAAACACUGGUUAGACCACACUUACAAUAUUGUGUUCUGGUCACUUCAUUAUAGGAAGGAUGUGGAAGCUUUGGAGAGGGUGCAGAGGAAUAGUGUUUGGAUUAGUGAGUGUAUCUUAUGAGGAUAGGCUGAUUGAACAAGGGCUCGUCUCUUUGGAGUGAAGGAGGAUGAGAAUUGAUUUAAUAGAGGUGUACAAGAUUAUCGGUAAUCGUAUAGUGAAUGCUCAAGGCACCAUCAGGGAGUGGUUCCAUACCUCUGUAGGAGUCUGUCAGGGCUGCCUCCUCUCCCCCACUCUCUUCGACGUCUUCCUGGAACAGAUCCUGAGUGAUGCCCUUGAAGAUCAUGUGGGCACAGUCAGCAUCGGAGGGAGAAACAUCACAGACCUAAGAUUUGCUGAAGACGUUGAUGGACUUGCAGGAAAAGAGGACGAACUGGCCACCCAGCUUGACAGAGCCUCCACCAAGCUUGGAAUGGAGAUAAGUGCCGGGAAAGCCAAGCUGGUGGCAAAUGCCAGCAGUGCCAUCUCAGUCCGUGGUCAGAAACUUGAGACAGUGCAGCAGUUCAAAUACCUCGGGGCAAUCAUCAGUGAUGAAGGAUCAAGAUGACAGACAGACAGAGACACUUUAUUGAUCCGGAGGGAAAUUGGGUUUCGUUACAGCUGCACCAACCAAGAAUAGUGAAGAAAUACAGCAAUAUAAAACCGUAAAUAAUUAAAUAAAAAUAAGUUAGUCGUGCCAAGUGGAAAUAAGUCCAGGACCAGCCUAUUGGCUCAGGGUGUCUGACAUUCCGAGGGAGGAGUCGUAAAGUUUGAUGGCCACAGGUAGGAAUGACUUCCUAUGACGCUCAGUGUUACAUCUCGGUGGAAUGAGUCUCUGGCUGAAUGUACUCCUGUGCCUAACCAGUACAUUAUGGAGUGGAUGGGAGUCAUUGUCCAAGAUGGCAUCCAACUUGGACAGCAUCCUCUUUUCAGACACCACCGUCAGAGUCCAGUUCCAUCCCCACAACAUCACUGGCCUUACGAAUGAGUUUGUUGAUUCUGUUGGUGUCUGCUACCCUCAGCCUGCUGCCCCAGCAAACAACAGCAAACAUGACAGCACUGGCCACCACAGAUUCGUAGAACAUCCUCAGCAUCGUCCGGCAGAUGUUAAAGGACCUCCGUCUCCUCAGGAAAUAGAGACGGUUCUGACCCUUCUUGUAGACAGCCUCAGUGUUCUUUGACCAGUCCAGUUUAUUGUCCAUUCGUAUCCCCAGGUAUUUGUAAUCCUCCGCCAUGUCCACACUGACCUUUUGGAUGGAAACAGGGGUCACUGGUGCCUUGGCCCUCCUCAGGUCCACCACCAGCUCCUUCUCUUUUUCACAUUAAGCUGCAGAUGAUUCUGCUCACACCACAUGACAAAGUUUCCCACCGUAGCCCUGUACUCAGCCUCAUCUCCCCUGCUGAUGCAUCCAACUAUGGCAGAGUCAUCAGAAAACUUCUGAAGAUGGCAAGACUCUGUGUUGUAACUGAAGUCCGAGGUGUAGAUGGUGAAGAGAAAGGGAGACAGGACAGUCCCCUGUGGAGCCCCAGAGCUGCUGACCACUCUGUCUGACACACAGUGUUACAAGUGCAUGUACUGUGGUCUGCCAGUCAGGUAAUCAAUAAUCCAUGACACCAGGGAAGCAUCUACCUGCAUCACUGUCAGCUUCUCCCCCAGCAGAGCAGGGCGGAUGGUGUUGAAUGCACUGGAGAAGUCAAAAAACAUGACCCUCACAGAGCUCGCCGGCUUGUCCAGGUGGGUGUAGACACGGUUCAGCGGUGACAAGACAAGAAGUCCGGGCAAGAACUGCACAGACAAUGACUGCACUAUCCAAACUCAAGACAAUAUGGAGGGACAGCAACAUCACUAUGAUCAGACUCCUGCAUGCAUUGGUAUUCUCCAUCUUCCUGUACUCAUGUGAGACGUGGACCCUCACAGCAGAGCUGCAGAGGAAGGUACAGGCACUGGAGAUGAGAUGCUAUCGCAACGUCUUGGACAUCUCAUACUUGGACCACAUCACAAACGAGCAGGUCCGCAAGACCAUCCAGCACCACAUUGGCCCUCGUGAAGACCUUCUCACAACGGUGAAGAAAAGGAAGCUGAGAUGGUACGGCCACGUAGCAAGAUCCAGUGGCCUUGCAAAGACCGUUCUACAAGGAACUGUGGAGGGGAAAAGAAGGAGAGGCAGACAGAGGAAAAGAUGGAGGGACAACACUAAAGAAUGGACAGGGAAAACAUUUGCGGCGACCCAGGCCCUGGCACACCACCGUGACAGAUGGAACAGACACGCUUGUAAUGACGGCUCCCCGACGACUCCACCGGGAGUUAAGGGCGCAACAAGAAGAAGAAGAUGAUAGGAGAGCAAGAUCAAGUGACUGGCCAGAGACAUUUUCCCAUCAUGGAAACAGCUCAUACGUGUGUAAUUUUAAGGAGUUACAGAGAAGAUAGCUCGCUGUCGGUUGAUCUUGCCCAGCUGACCAGAAUGUCGGCCGUUGUGGACCCCACCCUAAAGAGCCGCGAGGAGCAGGAUGCGGAGCUGGACCGGAGGAUUGAAGCUCUGAGGAAGAAGAAUGAGGCCCUAAUGAGGAGACAUCAGGAAAUCGAAGAAGAUCGCAAGAAGGCGGAAGAAGACGGCAUCUCUGUGACCACCCGGAGACCGAAAUAUGAGGCGGAGUAUGACCGUAGGCAGAAUGGGAAAGGAGUCCCGGCGGAGGCUGGUGACCUCAGUCGAUCCCUCCCUGAGAAGCGGAUGACGAACGACAGGAGAGCUCGCAGCGGUCUGGGCUCGCCCGGCCGAGGGGGUUGGGCGGGGAACCCCACGUCCCCCGGCCCCAGAGCCUCGGUAGACCAGGCCGUCCACUACAGCUCUCCCAGCCGCCGGCCUGACAGGACGCUGCAGACUGAUCGUCCUGAGCUGACCUCGCGAGGUUUCGCCGGCCCCGAGGGGGAGCGGAGAGGUCGAGGCAGGAGGGGCCGUGGAGGCCGAGGAGGGGGUGGGAUGGACGGAGGAGUUCCCACUGGAGUUUCACUGCAGGACAGAAGAGUAAAGGAGUGGGAAGAAAAGCGACGGCAGAACAUCGAGAAAAUGAACGAAGAGAUGGAGAAGAUCGCGGAGUACGAGAGGGGUCAAAUGGAUGGCACUGGGGAGAGAAACCCCACGCGGAACUUCCUGGAUGACCCGCGACGCCUGGGCUCCCUUCCCGAUGGCGACAGGAAGGGCGGCAGCCGCCGACACGUGCGUAACUGGGGCGGGCCCGACUUCGACAAGGUGAAGACUGGGUUGGACCGUGGCAAGGACCAGCGGGGCAGGCAGUCCGGUGCCAAGGACCAUGGCAGGAUGGACAUGACCCUCUCCAUGACCGGGCGGGAGAGAGCAGAGUACAUGCGCUGGAAGAAGGAACGAGAACAGAUUGACCAGGAGAGGUUGGCUCGGCACCGCAACGCUACGGGGCAGUGGAGGCGCGAGUGGGACGCUGAGAAGACAGAAUCUAUGUUCAAGGCUCAAGGUUCACAUCCCGUUGAAAAAAGCAGUCCUAGAGAUGAACAUAGACCGCCCAAGCCUCCAACGAUUUCGGAAUUUAUCUUUCAAUCCAAAAGUAAGGAUUCCAGGAAGGGGAGAGUCAAACACAGGGAGAAGAACUACAGCAUGCAUGAUGAUCGCUGGGAGACACCUGAAGCGGAAGUGGAGGAGAAACGGGAGGAGGAGGAGUUGAAAGCCCCAUCUCCCAAGCAGUCUGAGAGCAAGGUCCAUGUGGAUGAGUCUCCUGCAGAAGAUGACGAUGAUCAAUGGGAAGACGCCAGUGACAGUGAAGAGGAAAUUGUUGGAGAGGAUGUGUCAGAGGGUGAGGAGGCGGCAGAGGAUUUGAAUGAGGAAAAGAAGAAAGAUGGUGAAGGAACAAAGAAGCAGGAGGCGCAGAGCGCUGACCAAAGUCCGAAGGUUGGAGCCAAGGACCAGCGAGUCAAGAAGUCCCGGGAGACUCCCAGACUACACAUCAAAGAUGAAGCUGAGAACCCGGCAGAUACAGAAUCCAAACCCCUCAGUCCGUUCUCGCUUGAAGGGUAUCAUCCGGUCAAAGACUGGGCAGAGGAGAUGGAAAUCACUUCACCCAGAACCAAUGCGUUACAGAAUCCCCUCCAAUCGGCCUCCACUGGCGAAUCUUCCCAGGACGACAUCAGGGCUAAUGCAGAGUCGGAGCCUCAGGUCUCCCCUACCGACUGUGAUCCUCCCCCCUCCAGAGUCCAGGCUGGGCAGGGGUCUAUGGCCACCCCUGAGCCCGGUGGGGUUCCUCUCGCUGCGGUGCCAGAGCAGGAAGCUGAGGCUGCUGCUGACAACACGGCCACCACAGAAGCUGUGCCCGUGGAGGGAGAAGCGGGGUCAAGGACGGAGGUCAGCGAACAUGCAGGCGAAGCUGCCAGUGAGACGUCGCGGAGGACGGACUGUGUGGAAGGAAAUGAGCCCACCUCAGGUGCAGUUCGCAUCACCAGCUUUGAGACGGUUCGCUUUCGUUGACUGACCUUUGGAUGAGGAUGUCUACUUCAAUCCAUGUGUGGAGAGACACGGAAUGAUCUGUGCACGGAAUGUACCAUAUCAUGUCUCCAAACUAGUCCGACUGAGGCGAGAAAUUAGUGGAUUCGGAAGGGAGAUUCGUAAAAUAUCAGCAGAAGUUAUUUUAUUUACACCAGAGGGUUCUCUUCACUUUUUCCAAUAGUUAAGCUGCAGCCUCUUUCUGCAUUUUGACCUCACCACCAGCACAAGAAGUUUUAACAAGUUAGAUAGAAACAGGUGUGUCUUUGUCGUGAGGUGAAGGGAACUGUUAGAAUUGUAUAUUUUUGUGUCUAAUCUGGGCGAUGCUGUGGUGCAAUAAAUACUUUGAAUCAA